AUGUCUCAGAGCCUCGUCAGCCGCCUCUCCUGGUCCAGACGGACAUGGACACAACAGCAGUCGCUCCUCAUCACCGCCCUGGUGGUGGUCCUGUGUAUCGCUUCUUCUCCCGUCGAAGCGAUGGACAAGGAGACGUGCUACUCCCGGCAGCACCGCGAUGUCAUCGUGGACGUGAGGGUAGCCCUCACCAGGCCGGGCACCACCAUGGAGGCUCGCGUCAUGGCCUUGGAGAAGGACUGCAUCCUCUCCUGCUGCUCGCAGGAGGUCAAACCAGGUUUAAAGUGCAAUAUGGUGGUGUUCAAAACGAGCAAGUCAACCCAAGACACCCAAGAAAACUGUUUCCUGUUCAACUGUGCAACGGAACAGGACUGUCCGCUAAUGGCUUCCAAAGAGGUCAACACAUAUGACAUUUUCAGAGGCCACAUGCUUCCCCCGGCGAAGGCAACCCCCAGACCACCACCUGCCAAGCCCACCACCAUUGCCACCACCACGACUACCACGACGACCACAACCACUGCCCCAACUACCACAACAACAACUACUACUCCUGCACCCACCACAACAACCACUACAACUACAACCACCACAACACCAGCUACUACGACGACCACGACACCAACCACCACAACUACCACAGCUCCAACCACCACCACCACGGAACCACCCACACUGAUCAUGCUGACUAUGCCGCCCGACCCUGAACCUCCCCAGCCACCCACGACUACCCCGACAACCACCACCACCACAACAACCACCACCACGAAAGCCACCACAACCACUACCACCAAAAAGCCUGCGCCACCACCACCGCCGGCACCAGGUCCACACCAGGUCCACCCCCCACAUCCCCCCAAGCCAGUCAGGCCAGCGCAGCGUCCACACCCACGCCCCCGUCCUGGACAUCCUCCACAGCAGCCACCGCCACCACCAGCCAAACCACCAACGCAUAAACCCACCACAACUACUACUACUACCACCACUACUACUACAACUACUGAACCAACCACUACUGAACCAACUACUACUACUACUACUACUCCUACCACUACUACGACUACUACUCCCCCGACUACAACUACCACUACCACUACCACCACCACCACCACUACCACGACACCCGCACCCACCACUGAAAGGACCACGUCUGCUUUUGCAGCCAUGGAGUACGAGCUGAAGGCGGAGGCCCGCAACGUUCUUGGUUCUGGGGGCCCUGCUUCAGGCGCCGGUGCUGGCGCUGCUGGUGCUGGUGCUGGAGCUGUGGGCUCGGGUAAGCCGGCGGUGUCGCGGGCCGCCUGGAAGACCAGCCUGGUGGCCGUGGUGCUGGUGGGGCUGGCCUUCGUCACCAUGGCGCUGGCCAUCGUCGGCCGCAAGGCCAUGGAGUCGUUCGACCGGCGACACUACACGCGUCUGGAGCUCAACGACCUGCACUACGAGGUGUGA